CGCCAUGAGCGCCGCGAGCGACCCAGCCGGCUCUGGGGCUGAGCGAGGAGCAGCGCCAAGCAGGAGCGAGGAGGAAGGGCGGCCGGAGGAGGGCAGAAAGCAGCAAGUGAUCCUUGUUGCCUACGUGAUUGCAGCCCUAGACCUGAUCUUCCUCUUCAUGCAGCUGGGAGUCAUGCCCUACUUGGCAAAGAGCCUAGGUUUGGACUCGGUUGGGUUUGGCUACCUCCAGACAACCUUUGGUGUCCUCCAGCUCGUGGGAGGUCCCAUUUUUGGAAGAUUUGCUGACCAGUUUGGCUCCCGAGCUGCCUUGAUGCUCUCCUGCGCGUCCGGAAGUGUCUUCUUCCUGCUGGCGUCCAUCUCCACCAGCGUCCCUCUCCUCUUCCUCUCCCGGCUGCCGGCAGUGUUCAUGCACGGGAUGCCAGGUGCUCAGAAGGUUAUUACAGAUCUGACCACUCCUUCUGAACGUGCCGGUGCGUUGGGGAAGUUGGGCCUUUGCUUCGGAAUAGGAAUUAUCAUCGGUUCUGCCCUGGGAGGUGUCCUCUCCACCAAAUUCGGCAUUUUUGUCCCUAUGUACGUUGGGCUGGUAGGAAGCCUCGUGAGCACUGUGAUAGUCAUGGUCUGGAUGCCUUCGCGAGCUGGGCUGAAGUCAGACCAUCCCGUGACGGAGCGCAGCCCGUCGCAGUCUGGCAGUGUGUUCAGCCUCCAAGAAAUCCUACGCCUGAUGAAGUUUCCGGGAGUAAUGGAAGUUUUCAUAGUCAAGGUCUUGGCUGGACUUCCCAUAGGUUUGUUCCUGAUUAUGUUUUCCAUCAUCUCUAUGGAUUUCUUUGGCUUGGAAGCGUUGCAGUCCGGGUACCUGAUGUCGUAUUUUGGUGUCCUUCAAAUGGUGGUCCAGGGCCUGGUCGUCGGGAAGCUCACCAGCCUCUGCACGGAGAAGACCCUGCUGCGGCUCAGCGUCGCCGUCUUCGCCGGGGUCGGCCUGGCCAUGGCCCUGAUGAGGAACGUGCUGCACUACUGCAUCAUCGCGGUGCCGCUGGUGUUCGCCUUCAGCACGCUGGCCACCAUCACCGACAGCAUCCUCACCAAGUCCGUCCCCGCCUCCGACACCGGCACCAUGCUGGGCAUCUGCGCCUCGGUCCAGCCCCUCACCCGGACCGUGGGGCCGACCGUCGGCGGCCUCCUGUACAAGCAGUUCGGCGUCUCCUCCUUCGGGUGCUUGCAGCUAGUUGUCAACGUCGGUUUGUUCGUUUACCUCUUAAAGAGUAACAUCCCGCUGAAGGAGAGAGGCCUAUAGGCCUGUAGCUCGGCGGCGAGGACGUCACCCCUUACUUUUUCCACGGAAAUGAACAAAAAUGCAAUGUUUGCGAUUUCCUUUUGCUUCUGCGCACCUGGAAUAAAACGUUUUAAAUGCUG